AUGGGAUUGCCAAGAACAUCUGAUGAUUCAGACAACAACAACAGUUCGGGGGAAGAGAAUGUGGGAGUUGGCAAAAAGGAAAAGAAGGUUUCAUGUCAGCCUUGUCGUGAGGCUAAGGUGAAAUGUAUUCCUUCCAAUCCUGUUGACUCUUCUACUUGCCCUUCUGGGUUGGUUUGCGAUACCACCGCCGUGGUUGGCGGUUCGGAUGUACUAGCGUGCAGGAGGUGUUUAAAGUUGGAAAGGGAAUGUUUUUAUCGAUCGCAUAAACGAGGUAGGAAACCGGGCAAGAUCAAACUCCAGCAGAUCUUGAGGAGGUUAGACGUGUUGGAUAGGACCUUGGCGGAGAUAAGCCAGUUGAAUAAGGAGGUUGGAGAUCAAGAUGCCGAUAGUUUGAUCGAGACUCUUAGCUGGCAGUUACAUCGGUCUAAGUUUUUCAGUAAGGGUUUCUUGGAUGCUUCCUCUUCAGGUUUGGUCAAUCUCGAUCCGGAAAAAGAGGCUGGUGCAUCAUCUGCUUCUAACACUGCUGGGGAAGAGGGUGCGAGAAGCGGUAGUGCCAGCGGAAUGCAGAGUGGGAUACUUGGAUCUUUGCCGAACCGACGAGUAGGAGUAGGUAGAGCUGCAUCCCUCCCAGGUCUAGUAGAAGGCCUAGGUAUGAAUGCAAGCCUACCAAAGCAAAUGGCUAAAGGACGAAGCGAUUUCAAUAUGCUCGUCGACCUGGAAGACCAUGCUUCCGUUGCACGAGUUCCCGACGAAUUCCCCACCCUAUCCAAUCCUCUAAAACUUUUAGCUCAAGCAAGUUCAGAGGAAAGCGAACGUCGUCGUCAUCCCCUUACUUGCUCCUCACUGCCAACAGAAAGCACUACUUGUAGCGACCAAGAUCAAUCCCAACUCGCUUCUCGGAAGCGAUUACGCCCAACCUCACCGCUCAACCCCACCGAAGUCGCUUGCCGCCAAACCAACACAGCAGGAGCUGCAAAAAGCAAGCAAGACGAGCAGCAAUCCCUUGUGAAAGCUAAUAGUGUUCGGGGAUGGGCAAAAACAUACUUCUCCAGAGGAGCAUUCCAUCCAGUCUACGACAAUCGUCCUGAAUUCGAUCCUAUAGAUCAAGGAUUGAUGACGCAUCGGCAGGCUGAAAGGUUGAUUGGCGAAUUUUAUCAGGCUUUUGCAACUUUUAUGCAUAUCUUUGACCCUGCGCUAGCUACUAUUACCUAUAUAAGGAAGCAUAGUGCUUUUUUGCUUACCGUCAUCUGUUCUUUAGCGGCCGAAUUCAACGCUGGUCAGAGCGAUAGUCGAGAUAGCCGAGAAAGGCGGGAUAGGCAAGAGGUCGAAAAGGAGAAUCGAGAACUAGCACAACGGUUGAGGAAUCACUACGAAGCAAUGAUAACAUGGAUCACAAGUGGCGAUUAUAAGAACGUCGAAAUGGCACAAGCCUUCUAUCUUCUCGCAUCUUAUAGAGACAUGAGCGAAAGUGCCAUGUCGGACCAGACUUGGUUGUUUUUGGGAACGGCGAUCAGAAUUGCAACAGAGCUGGGAUGUAAUCUGGUAUGUUAUAGCUACGCAACCCCCAACACCUCUUCUCCGGAUGGCAAAGAGACGGGUAGAGAACACUAUCAACGACAACUACGUAAUACCGAACGUCUUUGGUUAAACCUUUGGAACUUGGAAAAAACACUAGCAAGUCAGACAGGUCAGAGGAUGCAUUUGGCAGAUGAAGGUGUGAUUGCUACUUGUUCCAGGUGGUACAGGAUGCCACUAGCCUUGAAGCAGGAUGAGGCCUUGGUGGCGCAGGUCGAGUUGCGCAGGAUAAUGAUAGGGUGUAGCGAGGCUUUUAAUACAAAUGUAUUGCCAAGUUUGCGGGCAAGGAGGAAGGACGCUCAUCCUUCUACUGGAGAAGACGAUGUUUUGGAGGCAGUGGAGAGGGACCAACUUUCACUGCAGUUGACUUAUUUCAGGAACAGUGUACAUAUCGAUUUAAAACGCUGGCAAGAACGAUGGCUUCCACCCCAACAUGAUCAUUCGCAAGGCACAGAAGAGCGGCAAGGACUGCCAACACCGCUACAAAUCACAGGACCACUCUCACUCAACUACGCGGCACUAGUAACCUACGCUCUGCCCCUGCCCAUCUCUUACUGGGUCGAUGUCACUGGCGAACUAACGCUGCUUUGGAGGGAUUGUUACAUCAGCUGUACGGACUAUAUGGCCACCUUCGUAGAUAGAUGCCAACGCGGCUUUAUGACCUAUCUUACCAACAGCACUGUAGUUUCAACUGUCUAUGCUGUUGUCUUUGCGCUUGAUAUGGCGAGCAAGGCACAGCGAACCGAAACCCAAUUCCAAGCUGGCAAAGGGCAUGCAGAGGAGCGAGCGGUUCAUUUUGGUUUCGUAUCAAAACAGAGAGUCCUUAGCUUGGCACAAUUGACAGCGAAAGAGUUGGAUAACAUUGGUCGAGUGAGGCAUAGGGUUCAUGAUGGAGGUAGGCAGGGGGGGGAGAGUGUUGUGAGGAAGUAUAGUGUUUUUUUGUUUGCCGUUUUGGCGCGGUUUGGUACGCUUAGUUCGACGGAGGAGGCUGAUGGUGAGGGGGAGGGGGAGGGGGAGGGGGAGGGGGAGGGGAUGGAGGUUGUGAAGAGAGGUGGGUUUGACGCUGGCCUUAGCCGCGGCAAUGGUGGAAGCGAAGAGAUGGGUGGGGAAGGGAGACAUUUGAGAAGAGAUCACAACCAUCCGUUAUCACAUCCUCCCUCUACUUGGGCGGGGGGAGUGGGAGGAGGGAGAGUGGUUCCGGGAACAAAAGCUUCGCAUGCAUAUUCUAGCAAUCUCCAUUUCUCUCCUCCUUCCACACAGCACCUCGCAGCAGAAGCAGGAACAGCAGCAGGAGCAGCAGCAGGGGGGUGGAAUGCUCCAGCACCCUCACCCUCAACGCCCGCCUCAACCUCUUCGACGGCAGCAUGGAACCCAUUGUUUGCACAACAAGCUGGUGGAGGAGCAAAGUUUCUUCCUACUCCCCACCAUCAUCGGCAUCAGCAACAACACAUGCAGGAUUGGACGGAGAACAACGCAGCAGCAACAGGAGCAUCAAGUCCCGCUACUUGGUUCAAUCAUUUUACUGGACCUCCCAAUCCAAACCCAGCUGGUGCGGAUGCAACACAGCCUGGCGCAGCGAUAGAACAAGAUCCAUCAUGGGAAUGGAUGAUGAAAGAUCUCGACUUUUUCAAUGUCGACGGCGGUGGCGGUGGCGGAGAACCUAUUCUCGACCAAAUGGGCCGUUUGUUCGGCUAA